GCCAAAUACGUCUACAUCUGUACAAGCUUCUUCACUCACUAACAUCGGACAGAACUUUCCCGGUGUCAACCAAACAUCAACGAUGCAGAAUGUGUCUUUCAUGCCACAGAACAUAAUGAAUAAUGGCUUGGCGCAAGGCACUUCACAAGAUGUUUAUGCUGCACAAAGGCAAAUGGCAGGAAGGCAACAACAAAAAGAAUCUCAUCAAUUAAUUUAUCAGCAGCAGCAAAUGCUGAUGAAGCAGAAAUUGCAGCAUAAUUCACUACUGCAACCGUAUAUCCAGCAGCAGCAAUCUUUGUUGCAGCCAACACAAAUGCAAUCUUCACAGCAAUCCAUGAUGCAAAUGUCAUCUGGCCUUCACCCUGGGCAGUCCACCGUUCCACAGACACAGCCAAUGGCCAUGCAGUCAGCUACUCAGAGUUUUAAUCAACAUAAUCAAUUGAAUUCCGUACAACACUCUGUGCAAUCAUUACUCGAGCAACCUCAAAAAUCUGUUGGGAGGCAGCAGAAACAAGCACAAGGCUCCAUUCAUCAACAGCCGAAUAUUCUACAACAGAAACAACAACAGUUGAUGGGACAGCAGCCAUAUUUACAACAAAAUCAGCUAAUUGGUCAACAGAAUGGUGUUGUGGAGAUGCAGCAGCAACAGAAGCUACCAGUUCAGUCAAAUAAUCUUUUGAAUGUCCAACAAACACAACAGAUGUUGAACCAGCAGUAUGUGUCUUUGCAUGAGCCACAGCAAUCCGGCUCUCAGGCAAACAUGUCGAUUCUGCAGCAGCAACAACAAAGUCAACAGCAGCAACAACUUCUUGGAACUGUGCCUAAUGUGUCAAGCAUGCAGCCGGUGCAUAUGCUACAAACAAAAGCUCAGCAACCACAACCACAACAGCAGGCUCAGCAGCCUCCAAUGGGUUUGAUGCAACCUCAGUCUCAACACAAGCAACUCCAAUAGUCACAACAUCUUAUGUCGCAGUUCCAGUCUCAGCCUAACCAACUACAACAGCAAUUAGGGAUGCAGCCACAAUCCUCCAUGCCGCAAAGAAAUCAAACUUCAGAAGGCAUGCUCUUGCAACAAAAUAACAUGGAUCAGCAAGAAGUUUCCUCUAGUAGUAAGUUCUCACAUAUAUUUUCUUUGUGGAUCCAUCGUAUGCUCUUAUUGUUCUCGUCUUUUUUUUCUCCAUGUUCUUAUAUCUUAUUGAUCUGGCCUCUCAUUAUUUUCACUAUCUUCCUGUUGUGGCCUUACAUUCCUUGUGCAUUUUAAACUAGCUUAUUGAUCUGGCCUCUCAUUAUUUUCGCCUACUUACAUAGAAAAGUUUGGGGGAAAAUGUGUGUUGUCCAUCAGGAGCCCAACACCCUUUAUUCUCGUGCUAACAGUUAACGUUGGACACUUGGACUAUAAUACAAGGUCCUUACUAGACUACAACCUGGAUUCUUGGAUCCUAACUCUUAUUGAACUCUUAGGGUACU